CGGGAAAGCAGGAGCUGCUCCCCCAGUGAACCGAUAAAAGGGGAAGCAGCUCCCUCCAAGGGAGCCAGAGCUGUUUGGGCUGUGCGGGACUUCUCGCAGCGCGGCAGCUGCAGGGCCUGGAGGGAGAAAAGGGUUUCGAGCCUUUCCUUCCUGCUGCUCUUCCUCCUGAGUGCUCAAGGGGUUCCCAUCUUCUUCUCCACACCCACCGUGUACCCCAGGCCUGCUGCUGCCACUGUGUUGUGUCUCCUGAGCUGGGGCCCUUGGCUGUCGGUGUCUGCUGGGAAGCCAAGGCUGGGAGCAACAGGAGCAUCUGCUGUGAGCCAUGGCUUCAUAAGAAGACACACAGGAAGGGGAUGCAAAGGCACAGCUCCUGGCAGAGGCAUUCCAGAAGGUAGAACUGGAUGCUAGAUACUGACUGCUGAAAGUGAUGUAGAUCCUGGGAAUCGAGUGCAGAGAAGUCCUGCAACAUCUGGAAUAUCUUCUGUUGACAGGUCUGACUGUGACAGCCGAAAGUAAAAAGCUGUCCCCUGAGCAGAAGAGGGAGCAUUUAGUUUUCGUGGAAGGUCACAGGAAAGGCUUGUUGUCACACUGAUAAAGAAUGUCCUCCAAAAGCACAGUGGAAACAAAGACUAGUGAGAGGCUGGAAGGGGACUUGGGCUCAUCGAUCAGUGGGUGCUUGAAUGACAAAGGGGAUGAACAGAGGAUGCAGAACAUACUCAGGGACCUGGAAGACACUUUCCCAACACCUAAGCCCACCAGUCAGUCCAAAUCCAAGUCAGACAGCAGCAAAUCCAAAAAAAUUGAAACCAUUGCAAACCAGGAGUUCCUGCAGUUGCUCAAGCGCCUUGGACUGGAAAGUCACUAUCCAAGAAAAAUGGGGAUGGGAGAUUUCCGCACCAUCUGCAAGACAUCUCUGCAGGACAGCCAGCCCAGCCAGGACAAGGAACUGCCAUUUUACUUCUUGCAAAAGCUGUUAACUGUGGAUUACCAGGUGAGGUACCUGACUUGCUGGGAUGACAGCAACCCAAAACUUACAGGUCUUCCACAAGCCACAGCCAAAGAGAACCAACACUCAGACACCUUUGAAGAGUUUUUUGGUGAUUUGAAGGAAGCAGCCCCUGAAUGUGCAAGCAGGGACAGCCAUGUGCACCCCAUGGACCUGCAGAUGGCCAUUUUCCAUUGUGCUGAUGACUUCCUGAGACAGACCCUGGCAACCAAGCUGGCCUUCUGCCAACUGGCUCUGCCUCUGCUGGUGCCCAACCCGAGCACUUCACUCAUCGAGUUCCCGCUCUACGCACUCAGCCAAAUCCAAAGGAGCUGGAAAGAGGUGGACAAGUCAGGAAAGCAGGCCCAAACAAAGAGUUUCAGCAACAAACUCAUCUUUCAGGCACAGACACCCAUCGUGUCCUUCAUCCGCAUUGGCAGCUCGGCCUCCUCUUCCAAGUCCCAGCUCCUGAACGUUCUGCUGAGCAAACGCAAACACGACACUUUCUUCGACCGCCAUUGCAGAGGCAGCACCAGAAAGCGUUUGCUGAUGGAAGGGCUGGUGGAGAUCGCCUGGUACUGCCCUGGUGGAAGCCCAAAUGACACCUUUGAGUGCUGUGUGGCUUUCUGUAACCUGCAUGGAGACGCCAGGGAUCACGGAGCACAGCUGCAGUUCCUGCAGGAGGUAUCUGCUGUCAACGUGGCUCUUGUAUCUGAGUUGGAGCACAUGGACAACAGGGGGAAAAAGCUGCUGCAGGACCUGUUGCAAUCACAAAGGCCUUUGGUUUGUCUUCUCACAGAAAUAGAGAAUGCUGCAGCUGGACAAGUCGGCAAAAACAUAAAAAUAGGGAUGAAGAACAGAAACGAAGCAGAACUGAUGGAGGAGCUGACCAAGACAAUUGGGAAUCUCCUGGAAGGUUCUAAUCCAUGCUUCAGCCUGGAGGCCUGCAUGGACAAAGCUCGCCAGCAUGGAUUCAUAGUGGAUGCAGAUCAACCUGCAUGUGUGACAGCCAAAGCCAAGGCAAAGGAGCUGAUGGAACUUCUGAAGAAAGAGAAGCUGUCUGUGAUCAAAUCCCAGCUGCUGCCGCUUCAAGGAAAACUGUGGCACCAGUGGUGCCAAAAGGACAAAGAACUCACUCACUUGCAAGAGAAGGGGAACAAGAGCAUUGACCAUCAUCGCAGCCAAAUUGAAAAUGAGAAGAAAGCAAUAAGAAGAAAGCAACUUGAGCAAGCUUUCCCUCUCAACCCACUGAUGAAAUCAUUCCUUGGCUUCCUCCAGGCCCAGCCAGCAGAUACCAAGAAAUACUUCCUGCAGUGGAUGAAGGUCUUUAUGGAUGAGCUGUCCUGUGGUCGCCUUGAAGAACUGAGGAGAGACUAUCACAAGUUAUGGUCUGAAACCAAGACAGGAAUGAAAAGCAAAAAAAACCCCAGGGUGAAAGCUGAGGUGCUGGGUCGCUUGGAUGCCAUCUCUGAUGAAAUCAAUGAUUCAUCCAUUGGCCUGGAGCACCUUCUGAGAGAGGUAGGGCAGAUUUAUGAAGCUCUGCAAUUAAUGAACUCCAAGAAUGCCAAUUUUGACAAACUUCCAGAAAUUGCAGCAGAGCUGAUGGUUUCAGGGUAUCCCAUGGAGCUGAUGGAUGGGGAUGCUUCUUACCUGUCCUUGCGCUGGGUGGGAGCAAUCUUUGACAGCUUAAUUGAGAGGCUGGGGGACAAACGAGUGUUUGUGCUCUCUGUGCUCGGCAUCCAGAGCACAGGCAAGUCCACCCUGCUGAAUGCCAUGUUUGGUCUGCAGUUCAACGUCAGCGCAGGGAGAUGCACCCGUGGAGCCUUCAUGCAGCUGAUCCCAGUGGGAGAGGAGCUGCAGCAAGACUUGGGCUUUGAUUUUGUGCUGGUGGUUGACACAGAGGGACUUCGAGCCAUCGAGAUGGCCAAUAAACAAUCCCUGAACCAUGACAAAGAGCUGGCCACCUUUGUCAUUGGUGUUGGCAACUUAACUGUGAUCAAUAUCUUUGGAGAAAAUCCAUCAGAAAUGCAAGAUGUUCUCCAGAUUGCUGUGCAGGCUUUCCUGAGGAUGAAGCAAGUCAAUUUUUCCCCAGGCUGCCUCUUUGUCCACCAAAACGUGGGAGAAGCAGCUGCCAAGAAGCAGAACAUGGAAGGACAAAGGCGUUUGCAGGAAAAGCUGGAUGAAAUGACCGUGGUAGCUGCUCAGCAGGAAUUCUGUGACAUCUCCUCCUUCAGCGAUGUCAUUGGCUUUGAUGUGAACACCCACAUUCACUACUUUGCUCACCUGUGGGAAGGAAGCCCCCCAAUGGCACCACCCAACCCCACCUACUGCCAGAAUGUCCAGCAACUGAAGAGCCAAAUCCUCCAGGCUGCCAAGAAGCAGUCACAGUGCAGCAUUUUGAGGCUCUCGAGCCUGAAAGAUCGUAUUGGUGACCUCUGGAAUGCUUUGGUGAAUGAAAACUUUGUUUUCAGCUUCAAGAAUUCCCUGGAGAUUGCUGUGUACAGGAAACUGGAAAGUGCCUUCAGUCAGUGGACCUGGAAGCUGAGGAGUCACAUCUUAGAUGUACAGAUGAGACUGGACAACAAAAUUCGGAAUGGGGACAUGCAGAAUGUCACCAGAGAACACCUUGAAGGGCUGGUGCAAGAGACAAGUGAUGCCAUUGAGAAAGAAGUGGAAAAGUAUUUCAGGGAAGACAAAGACCGUGAGAUGCUGGUCCAGUGGAAAUCAAGCACAGAGCUGAAGCUGAAAGACCUAAAAGAGACUCUUCUUCUUGAAACAAAAAAGAAAUGUGAGAAUCUCAUUGAGCUCCAGAAGGAGCAGAGGAAACUGGAUGCAAGGAACUUGAGCUAUGAAGAUGAGCUCCUGAGAAGGAGUCGGGAGCUGGCAGUGAGUCUGAAAGGGAAGAGCCUCAGUGAGAGAGAACUGAAGGACAACUUUACUCUUGUCUGGAAUGAGUGGAUUGCCGAAGUCUCCCGUGCUGCUCGUCCUCCAGAACGGGUGGAUAUUGAUGCAGAAAUUGAAGAUGUCCUUGUGGAGCAGUUUAAGGAGCCAGGUUUCCCUGCACGGCUGAGAUCAUUUCCCAGAGGCAGAGGGUUUUCUUUUGAUCCAGAGAAACACAUCAUGAAGAAAAAGUAUUUAGGCAUUUUCCCAGGUUUCAGGAGCCUUUCCAAUGCUGAUAUGAUCGAGUUUCAGCGCAUCACAGACAACAUCAUAGCGUGUGUGAAGGCAAACAUUGCUAAGAAGGAAGAGGAGAAACGGGAAUACAGUCGAAAUUUUAUCCAUGAAAUACUCAAUGAAGUACAGAAAGGUGUCAGCUCUGUCCCCAGCAAUGGAAAAUGUACUUUUAGCAGAGAUUACAGCAUAGAUUUGUCUCUGUAUCUGUGCAGAAUGGCAGCAGAAAGGUUUAAAGCCAUGCAAGAAGCAUUCCGAAAGGCAAAUGACCCAGUUGUGUACCUGAGCAGCAAGAGAGAAUAUUUCUUCCAAUGUUUCCAGAUUUCCUGCCAAUGAGCCACUUCUGUCACAACUUUUGUUGUUUUUCUUUGUGACAAGAUUGAACCAGCUCUUAGCCGUGCAGUCUAUGAGAGGACAGCUAAAGACAUUGCUGAGGACAUGCAGGGCAAAUUCCCAGAUUUCAGGGGCAACAGAGCCAAUCUGGAAGUUUGCAUCCUGAGAUACCUGGCAGAAGAGGAAAAUUUUGAGUAUUUCAAGCAGUACCUUACGUCUCCAAAACAGUUUUGUGAGAAUUACAUUGAGACACGAGUUAGGAAUUACUGUUUAGAUGGGAGUAGGAGGCUGAAGAUGUUUUUAGAUUCCUCCCUUGAUAUUCUGUAUAAAAAUCUCCUGUCAGCUGUUUCUAUAUCAACCCAAAUUUUCAAAGACAGAAAAGACAGAGAAGACAAAGUUUCUAUUUGGCUGGAUGAAUUUUGCAGGCAACUGACAGAGGUGAUCAACUUGCCCAGAAGUGACCUGAAGGGCAUUGAGCAUCAGGAGGUCACAGACAUUGAGUUCCUGAGCAGGGCCAUGGCACAACCUCUGGAUGACCUGAGGGACAAGCUCAUGAAAGAAUUUGCUGGUGCUGACUUGAGCUCAUUUCCAAGGCAGCCUCACACCAUCCUGGCAGAGCAUUUUUCGGGGUGCUGGGAGCAGUGUCCCCUUUGUGGGGCUGUCUGUACAAACACCAUGUGGAAUCACCAUGGAGACCAUCAAGUGGUCUACCAUCGACCACAGGGUUUGAUGGGACUCAAGUGGCAUGAGACAGGCCACCUGGCCAUUGAUAUUUGUUCCAGCGAUGUUGCAAGUGACUGCUCAUUCAGAGUUCGUGGCAGUGAAUAGAUUCCCUACAAGAGAUACCGGGAUGCUGGACCUCCUUAUUCCACUUGGAAAAUUCUUCCUGAUUCAUCCAUGCAGGCAUACUGGAAAUGGUUUGUGUCUCGUUUCAGGACACAGCUGGAAGCUUUGUACAAUGGGAAAUUUCAGGGCAAAGGAGAAAUCCCUGAGGCAUGGCAGAGAAUUACCAAGGAGGAAGCUCUGUCUGAGCUGGACAAGUUUAACCCAUGUCCUCAGAAAGGAAGAACCUCAAGGUUUUUGCAGUUUAAAACAGCUUUGUCCCAGGGUCUCUCUCAAAUAAACAUAACAUGAUGCUCUCAUGCCACGUGGAAAUUACAGCUUCUAAUUCCUCCCAAAUUUCAUUAAAGAAGGCGUAUUACUGCAGCCUUUGCUUAUUAACGCAUUCCCUCAUGAUAAAGCCAGAAUCCUCUUGCCUUUUUGCCAUAAACUUUUCCCUCAGCUUUGUCUUCGAGCCAAACCAAACCACCUCCUUGGGCAAUUGGCCUCCUGGCCAAGGCUGAGCCCGAGGGCCAGUGACGGGGCAAAGGCAGCACUCAAAGCACCCCUUGGAUCAGCUGCUGUGAGACAAGAAGGGACAGUGCCCCAAAGGCAGUUUUCCUGCAGCAAGGAGCUGUCCUGCUCAGAGAGAGGCCUGCGGGACCUGAGGCCAGUUCCAUGCUGGCUGCAAGCUGGGAUGCUUGGCUUUUGGGUGCCAUCCUUCCUUCCCUCCAUCGCUGCAGCCUCCUGGACCAAAUCAGGCUGUUCUCCCAGUAGGCGCUGUUGUGCCUGUGGGCUCAGGAAAGCAGUGACACCACCACCCUGGGGCACAGGCAGUGCUUUCACUGCCUGUCUCAGAGGUGCUGUGUCUCUGUCCAGAACAGCCACUCCUGCUCAGGUGCCUGGGGCUGCUGCCCUUCCCUCCAGCCCUCAGCCCCAGCAGGAGUUGCUCCUGCCCUUGGCCUCACUGCAGAGCGAAAGCCUUUGGAAUGCCCCAUGUGGAGAAUCCUGUCUGCCAGCAACUUCUGCAGCAGCUGUCAGAUUCAGGGUCCUUUCUCUUCUUGGUUCAGCUUUCUCCGAGGUCUGUGUCCAGGCAGAGCAGCUCCUUCACAUUCUACUGAACAGAUCCUCUUUAUUUCCUCAUCUUUGACUAAAACAAAACCAAAUAAUUCAAGGGGAAAAAAGCUGCUGAAGGAUUGCUGCUGCAGCUUUUGCAAGGCCAGGGAAAGGGAAAAAAACUUCUUGCUUCAUCUAACAAAAAACCAAGCCAGCUAAGCAACAAAGUAAUGCUGUCACAGGGCAUCCAAGAUCACCCGUGAGUGAGGCUUUGUGUUGCCUCCCGCUUGAGGCGCGGCGUCUUGGGUCAGGAACGGCACGGCGGCAACCCCUCUUGCCACUCGGUCCAAUUACUCGCACACACCAAUGUGGUCGACGGUAAAUGGCGUUUAUUAACCGUUGGGUAGGGGUUUUUAUAGCAGGGGCCAACGGUAGAGCAACGGUAAAGGGGGAAGGGUCCCUGCUUGCCCGUGACAUCGCGAUAUUUGCGCACGCUGAUCUCCCACACUUCCCCCCCCCUUAUGACUAGCUAAAAACAUGACAAAUGUGAAGGUUAAAACUGACAGCAAACAUAAAAAUGUGCUGAAACUGAACAAUAUAACAUAACCAUAACAAACCCAAACAAACAAAAUGUUAACUAACCCCACCUGGUUUGUAAAAACAACAACAAAAAAAACAUUCAGGACAUCUUCCUUGGCUUUGUCAUCUUUGCAGAGGUGCUGGAAACCUUUGGGCUGAUCGAUCGUUCCAUUCAGAUAGAGUCAGAACCUGGCCAGGGUUCCAACUCUAUCCGAUGGACACUACUUCAUUCCAUUCAAGCAGAGUCUGAACCUGGCCAGGGUUCAAACUCCGCUCAAUGGACACCAUUCUAUCCAUUCAAGUAGGGUCAGAACCUGGCCAGGGUUCCACUUGAUGGAUAUUGUUUAAAAUAAGGCUUCCAAAACCAACAUUUAACUAUGAUGUCGCUUUGUUGGGGUUUCCUCUGCGCCGGCCCCUCCUUUAACUCAGCCACUGAGUCAACCUCGGUCCGCCAUCGGGCUGCUUGAUGGUUUGUCACAGCCCUCAGGACACGAGGUAUGUGGGCCGUCGCGGAGUCUGGGGAUUCAGUCCUGCAAAACAAGCUUUACAAAUCUUAUUAGUUUUUGCCCUGAUGGUCUGGUUUUACUGACUUAAGUGGGCACCAUUCAAUUCUACUAUCUUCUUAAACUUCCAGGGGACCCCAGAUCUUUCCAGGGGACCCCAAAUUCCAUGGGGAGAACCCCAAGUCUCUGGUGGGGGGUCAGAGUAACCACUCCCUGCUGCUUUCCAGCUGCUGCUGCUGCUGCUGCUGCCAGUGUCGGAAGCGUUUGGUUUUGGGGUGCAGGAACUGCACCAUGUCCAUGGGUACCGCACCGUGUCCAAACCGUUCACCGUGACGUCACACCAGAAGUGUCCCCAGCGUGUGGUGGGCUCUGGUGGCAGCUGCAGGGCAUGGUGGGGCACAAAAACCCUGAGGUUCUUGAGGAAGUGCUGGGCCACGAUGUGAGGGGUGAGCUCCCAGCUCGAGUCUGACCCAGGUCCGGAACGCAACUGGCUGGAGACUUCUGGGCUCCUGGACCUUCUCAUUAGACUUUUACUGCACCCCUCCUUCUUGGCUUUGGGCUGCUUCCUCCCUCUAGGCUCCCCCCACCUCCUGCUGGAGGAGGCUAGCAUCUUGCAAGUCUUCAAACUUGAGCUCUGAGCAGUCUCAUUAACCCCUCUGUGCUUUUCCUUUCUCCCUCGUUUGCGCGGACGCGGGUGCGGUCGGCAGGGGCAGAGAGAGGGGCUGCAGUACAAUGCGGGCACGCGCUCCCCCGCCUCCAGGGUUCACCAUCCUGCAGCGUGCAAGGCCCAGGCCUCACCAGGCCCUAAGGUAAUGGCAGCACCCCGUGUCCCCGAGCCAACGGCAGCGCUCUGCGCCCCUGAGCCAACAGCUGCGCUCUGCGCCUCAGCAGUAGCGGCUGCAGUCCGCGCCUCUUGUAACAGCCCCUUCCAAAAUGACUGCUUCUCCUCUGCUGCCAGUGCGCCCGGGCUCGGGAGCUGGGGAGAAAGUUCCCGUGGCUGUAAAUUCCCCCACUCAGCAACUUCAUGAUUCUGUGCGACCGCCCCCAUACCCAGCCGAGACUCCGCCUGCGGACCGCCCUGUACGGCCUCCCACUUUUCCCGCUCCAGGCGAGAUUUCUGUAGGGCCCGCAUGACUUUUCCCCAUAAUUUUAGAUUUUUCCCCGACCCUGAGGACAUUGCUUCCUCAGCUAGGGCGCGAGUACAAUUGUCCCACACCUCCGGGCAUAAAAUAUGUCCCGGCUGCCCAAGAACCUCUAACUGCAGGAGCCUUGUCACAGCGAGGAUAAAAUCUCCUGGCUUGCAGUCCACCCCUGACUGCCUAAAAACUUUAAAAAUGAUCUCAGCGUGAGACUCCAUUUCUCCUUUGCCGGUCAUCUGGGGGCAUCCCCCCCACCAGAGUUGAACCCGCCGCUCCAGCCGCCGUUCACCCGCCCAGGCGACCCCCGUCCCCCGGGCACCUUCCUUUUUUCCUUCCCGGGUUUUGGCACCACUUGCUGCCUCCCGCUUGAGGCACGGCGUCCUGGGUCGGGAACGGCACGGCGGCAACCCCUCUUGCCACUCGGUCCAAUUACUUGUACACACCAAUGUGGUCGACGGUAAAUGGCGUUUAUUAACCGUUGGGUAGGGGUUUUUAUAGCAGGGGCCAACGGUAGAGCAACGGUAAAGGGGGAAGGGUCCCUGCUUGCCCGUGACAUCGCGAUAUUUGCGCACGCUGAUCUCCCACAGGCUUUGAACCACGCCUACACAAAAGCCCCAAGGCUCUUGUUAGUGCCUUUCAGUGGCUACCUGCAACAGACAUUAGAAAAGAUUAAGAAAAUUAAAGUAGGCAUUUAUUAAAGUAUGGGGAGGCAGCUGGGCAGUGGAGCAGGGAGUACUGUGGAGAUGAUGGAUGGUCCAGACAUCCUGGCUCUUGUGGGGAAGAAACCAUGGGAAGUUCAAACAGUAAUGUAAGAGGGGAAGCAAAAAGGAAUGUAGUGCUUUAAGUAAGUCAUAUAAGGCUGCAGGUGCUUGGGGUUAAGCAAUGUAGCUAAGAAACAUUAGUAAUGUGAUUAUUGCUUGGCAGUGGAAAAUUUUAUCUAAAGCUGUUAGAUUAUAUAUACCCAGCUCUAGAGAUAAUAGUAGACAACUUCACGGCUUCGCUGUAUGAACAAUAAACAAUUUCUUGCUAACAUC